GGGAGCAGGUGCAGGACAUGUAGAUCUGUCCCUCGUUCCUCACCUAGCACUGCUCUCUCACUAUCCACCAGCUGGCCAGUGACGAAGAAAUUCUCCAAUCGUGAUCAACCAGAGUAAGGCGCUGCACACAGUGCUCGAAGAAAUGCAUUAUUUGCUCCUCCUUCCUCUCGUGUGGGCGCUUGCGCAGGCACAAGAGAAUUGCGGACACGUACAAACCUGUCGCUUGGAGAAUCCUUCUAAUUAUCCAUGGAACGCAGCCAUUGACUGUAGGAAUAAAAGAAUUUGCCAAGAAGACAACGCCUGUCAGGGCGGUCUGGAAUGCAAGGAUGGUGGAUGUUACGAGAACGACUCCGCCAUCACAUGCUGGGUACGAUGUUGCCAUAAGUAACACGUGAAAGAGACCUCGACUCUUCAUCGCACAAGUAUGGGAAUACGGUGACGUCUGCAAGGUAGUCGCUCCCUGACCAAGCGGGAAACCCGUCCUACCGCAACAGACACAGCCCCGACAGUCAGCAACUCGGCAGCUAAAAGCGUCCGUCGACUCCUCACCGCUGAAGGCUCGCACUACAGGCAUCAAGCUCUAGGACA